CUGCAUUACAUCAGCCACCACUGCAGAACUGGUGCAGCCUGGACAUUAGUGAAAACGUGUGAAAACUAAGUGAAAUGGACAGAAUAGAAGGACAGUUAGAGGAGAGAGGGUAUUGGGGCAGUAAAGCAGAGUUUCUUCUGGCUGUGGCAGGGAAUGUUGUUGGUCUGGGUAACGUGUGGAGGUUUCCGUACCUCUGCUACAAGUAUGGAGGAGGGGCGUUUCUGAUACCCUACCUGGUGUUUGUGUUUACCUGUGGGGUUCCUCUGUUCCUGCUAGAGACGGCUAUGGGACAGUACACACAGGAAGGAGGCAUUACAUGUUGGCAUCGGCUCUGUCCACUAGCUGAGGGUAUUGGCUAUGCAGGACAACUGAUUAUUCUGUAUAGCUGCAUGUGUUACAUCAUUAUUCUGGCCUGGGCGCUUUUCUACCUCAUCUUCUCUUUCAGCUCCCAACUGCCAUGGGCCAGCUGUGACAACUCCUGGAAUACAGAUGACUGUGUAAAUCUUGCUGCAAAGAAUCUGACCCUCAACCAGACAAUGCUGAAUAAUUCAACACCUGCAGCUACUGAGUUCUGGGAACGCAGAGUGCUGUCUCUCUCUGGAGGGAUUGAGGAGAUCGGUAAGAUCAACUGGGAGAUUCUUCUGUGUCUUAUUGCAGUGUGGAUCAUAUGUUAUUUCAGCAUCUGGAAAGGAGUCAAAUCUACAGGCAAGGUGGUGUAUUUCACAGCCACAUUUCCUUACGUGAUGCUGCUUGUGUUGCUGAUUCGUGGGUUGACUCUUCCUGGAGCUCUGCAGGGUGUUGUGUUUUACCUGUACCCUGAACCAGCCCGUCUUUCUGACCCACAGGUUUGGUUGGAGGCCGGAGCUCAGAUCUUAUUUUCCUACAGUGUGUCUGUUGGCACUCUCACUGUUUUAGCCAGCUACAAUAAAUACAACAACAACUGCUACAGGGACAGCUUGUGGCUUUGCCUUCUGAACAGUUGCACCAGUUUUGUGGCUGGUUUUGCUGUGUUCUCAGUCUUGGGCUUCAUGGCCCAAGAGCAGGGCGUCCCCAUUGCACAGGUGGCAGAAUCAGGUCCAGGACUAGCGUUCAUAGCUUAUCCACAGGCAGUAGCUAUGAUGCCUCUCCCUCAGUUUUGGGCUGUUUGUUUCUUUAUUAUGAUUAUUUUGCUGGGGCUGGAUACACAGUUUGCUUUAGUGGAAGCCAUCAUGACGUCAGUGAUGGACCUGUUCCCCAUGAUUCUGCGCAGAGCAGGACGGCGAGAAAGUUUCCUCCUGCUUCUCUGUCUCACCUGCAUCUUGGGCCAAUUCAUCAUGGUUACAGAGGGGGGGAUGUAUGUAUUCCAGUUGUUUGACUACUAUGCCUGUAAUGGAGCCUGUGUACUGUUCCUGUCUGUGUUUGAGUCUCUGGCCAUGGGUUGGAUUUUUGGGGCUGAGAGGAUGUUUGACAUCAUUGAAGACAUGACAAAGUCACGACCCAACUACAUGCUCAUGCUGUGCUGGAAAUACCUGACUCCUCUUGUGACCCUGGUGUCUUUUGUUUAUUCUAUGAUGGAGUACAAGCCCCUCACUUUUAACCGCUGGUAUGUGUACCCAGACUGGGCGUAUGCACUAGGCUGGUUACUGGCCCUGUCCUCCAUUCUGCUGGUGCCUGGAUGGGCACUUGGUCGACUGUUUGCUGGGAAAGGGAGUCUGAAACAGCGUUGGCGUCACCUGUGUAGUCCUGAUACAGAGCUUCCUCUCACCUGUAAACGAAGAGCUGAAAUGAAGGAAACUGUUUUCACCACAGAGAUGGAAAACUUAUUUAGGACAGACACGAAUGAACAUGAAAAUGGACACUGAAAGAAAAAAAAUUAUAUUUGUAAGCAAUAUUUUCAUUACUAUUUUGAUAAAUAUUCAUGAAGGAUUUUUUUAGCAACAUUCAGAAACAAGGCCAGAAACUGUUUCCCACUGUCAUUUCCUCUUUAUUCUCACCUGUGCCAUGUUUUUCCGAGUUAGUCUUUCUGCAUUUAGCCCUGUCAGUUUUUGUCCAUUUGGAGCUAGUUGGUAUUGGAUCUUGAUCGCAGUCUUAGUUCUUGUUUUGUGUUGUACAUUUGUGAUUAUUUAUUCAUAAAACGUGCUGCAUUUAAAUCUCUCCCUUGCUAUCUCAGACUAAUUCCAUUACAGAAGACCUAAACCAGUGAUGGAUCCAGCAGUUAAACUCCUGUAUUUAAUUCAAGACACUGUCUCAACUAAACAGGGCGCUUCAAUUCCAGUCCUACAGGGCCAAAAUUCUGCAUACUUUAGUAACAAUCCCAAUUAAACCCAUAUGUCUGAAAUUUGCAAUUAAUUCUGAACAUGCAUGUGUCCAAAAGCUUAGGUAGCUACUUUGCUGCCUCGCUGUCCUAUCAGUCCAUGACUUCACACACAGUGUUUGAGUCCGUGUACACAGUGUACCUCCUGAAACUGAAUUUGGAAGGGCUUCUAAGGCAGCAUAAUGUGAUCUACAAUGAAAUAGAGAGAGCUUUAGUAACAGGCAGACACAUUACUACAAUACUAAUUUUCUUGUUAAAGUGUUGCAUGCCAAAAUUGAUGAAGUUCCAGGUGUGCGUAAUUUAAUGGGUUUGUUUAAUCUUUUCCUUUUUCUUUGCCUACAUGGCAGAAGUGCUUAUUCGCAACACACACAAAACUCUGCAUAGGUUAACUAAUAUCACAAACACUUAUUCUUCUGUUUCUAAUCCUGGCUUGGCCUUCUUCUGUUAGAGCCCUCUACAGUUAGAUCGGUAGAACAACAUGCCUACUUCAGCAUUAAUCACAACAGAUGAAGCAGAGUUUUAUGUAUUUGGGCCAACUUUGCUUUAAAUCACAUUUUAUACUUUAAACCCAUUAUGACUUUAGAACACGUAACUAUUAAAAUGAACUAUAUAAAAUGAAACAGCUCUUUUUCUUAUACAUGAGAAACAUUAAUAUUAAAGGGACUUUAUCAUUCCCAGUAGCACUGUUCUUAACAUUAGAGCAAAAUAGCACAUAAGGUAGUCAGUCUCUAUACUUGAUGCUAAUUUUUCUUGCCACUGUCUUUGCAUGACUUGUAUCUCCUACUUAAUGCAAUCCGCUGGAGUAGACACCAUGAUGUUUGAAGGAUUGCCUCGUCACAAGACAGGCCGCACAUCAAGUACUAAAUGGUUGUAACCUUCAACAUGCUCCAUGCUCUAUACAUAUAAACUUUUUACUGCAACAUCAUAUUUUAGCAAUCUAUGUGUCAAUGUCUGUUUACUAGUACUGUAUGUGUAUUAAAUAAAAGAU